GUAUUGCGUUAUCAGCUGUGCUGCUGUGCUCGUAAACUGCAACGGAGAUAACAAGUUUAAUCAAUACAAUAGUGUUUCGCUGUUUUGCUUCUGACAUCAUAGUGCUCUGCAACUAAUACCUAGAGAUAAUCUCGUUCGUAAACAAUGUGUUUUUUUUAAUCUCAGGUGUCUUUUUAUGAGAAGCGUCUACCCUGAAAAGUAUCUGACUCUGUAACCUGAUUCAUUAUCAUAGGUUAUGUCUCUUACUUUUUUCAACAAUUCAAGUACAUAUCCGUGAUUAUGAGCUGUUUUCUUUGAACAAAUAACCUGGUGAAGUUAAUUAUUUGGUCACUUUCCAAAUUCGUUCAAGUUCGAUUUCCAUAAGAUUCCAUCAGUCUCAUAGUGCUUUGUAAAAAUGCAGGCGAAGUUGACAUUACACUCAAGAUUCCUCCUUCUGUUUGCAUUCUAUAAGUAUUCCUCUUAUUUCUCAUUUUAAAACUAAUUCCUGCAACAAUGACCAUCGAAAUCCUCGAUAAGUGGCACUUUGCCAUCAGUGGCAUUAUCAUUAUUGUCAUGCAGAUUUUUUUCUUUACAAUCGCAGCAGCCUUCCAGUUUGACAAAAUCACUGACAUCGCCGGAGGUGUUAACUUCAUUAUCGUAGCUCUGUCAACGUACUAUUUGGGCCAGACAUAUGACAGCCGACAGUCAAUGGUGACUUUGUUUGUUUGCAUCUGGGGAGCUCGUCUAUCUCUGUAUUUGUUUUAUAGAAUCGUUGUCAUUGGUCGAGAUGCAAGGUUUGAGGAUAGACGCAGUAAUAUCAUUAGGUUCGCUGUUUUCUGGACUUUCCAGGCUGUGUGGGUUUUUGUCGGUAGUUUACCGGUAAUCAUCAUCAAUGCUCCGCAUAAUGCUUUUCCUCGUACGCCGAAAACAAUGUCAACUUUUGACUCUGUUGGAACUGGAUUAUUUUUUGUCGGAUUAAUAAUUGAAACUUAUGCUGACUUACAAAAGUUUGCAUUUCGACAAGAAAUUGCCAACAAAGGGAAGUGGUGUGAUGAUGGUUUGUGGAGUAUGUCUCGACAUCCUAACUAUUUCGGUGAAAUUCUCCUGUGGUGGGGUAUCUUUGUCAUAUCUUUGAAUGUUGUCAGAGGCGUGGAAUUCAUUGCUGUUUUGAGUCCAUUAUUCACAACAUUUAUCAUAAUGUUUUUAUCUGGUAUACCAAUGCUAGAACGAACAUCCGAUUAUAAAUACAAAGGGAACACUAAGUAUCACCAGUAUAAACAAUCAACUUCUCCACUGAUACCAAUACCACCAGGUGUCUAUGAAGAGGUGCCUCCAUUUUUAAAGUUUAUCCUAUGUUGCGAGUUCCCCCUGUACAACUGGCUGGAUGUUGACACUGACUCUCCGAAUGAAGCCCCGUAUUUAAGCUCCUAGCAUCAGAAGGACUCCGAACCGGAGAGUGCAUUGAUUGCUUUGUCAACUUACAAGUCCACUUCAGUUUCUACUAAUGUUUGAAGCAUUUUCUUCCUUAAAUCGUAAGACUUUUUUAUUUUUUACACUUCCGAAAAUUUGAAAAUUUGCUUCGCUGUUGAUUGACUCUUUUCAAGGUGUGUUUGCAGAUCAAUGGAAUUCUAUAUUCCCUGCUCAAGAUGCCUUAAGAAUGAGUAAAGCUUAGACCUAAUAUUAAGGUGUGGUGUUCUCUAAUAGUAGUGUUCGAAAAUUUCACUCAUAAUAUAUGAAUGAUAUCAGAAAUUAUACGUUGUGGUGCUAUAUUUUUAAAAUAGGACUAAGUAUUCAGCAGUAGAACUGACUUCAGAUAAGGUGGGAGUUAUUAACUAUAUGUUUGAAGACAGUUAUGCCUGCCCUCUAGUAGCAAUGGUGAACUUACUGAGGGCAACAUAGCUGCUCUCCGCGAAAGUGUAAACCUGUUGAUAGCACCUGAGGUGCAAAAAUAUACAACUUCCAACUCAUCUGAGUCCUAGCUUCUGUUUAGCAGCAAGCAACAGAAAUAGUACAUGUUGCCAAUAUUUAAAGUCUUCAGUAUGAAUUUGGAAUCUGAACAGAUAAGAUGCAGACUGAACUCAUGAUGCCCUUUAUGAUCUGUACAAAUAAAGUAUCAAAACUAUCUUAUUGUAAAUUCUGAAUGAUGAAGAAGUAACGCUGAUCGAACAUUGUCAAUUCAAGUCAAAAAUGAAAACUUGCAUUCAAUCAAUAGAAAUUGGACAUUGUCUAAAGGCUCACAUAGCAUUUUUCCUUACCACAGCAGUUCAGUAGAGUGAUUUAGUUUUUUCCCUUAUCCCUUUCUCGAAAAGAUAAAGGCAUUUUCAGGUGUGUUGGUUUUUUCGUAAGACUUAAGUGACCAAAAAAUUGUGUAACAUUGGUUUUCGUCACAACAGUAUCAAUUAGCAUUUAAAGAAUACUUAUCGUUACAGAUCAAGAAAAAUCCAUUUUUGUUAAUUUCUAUACUUCUUGCCAGGUCCUUACCAACCAGUAGGCUAAUGUCCAAAGGUCUGUCCCUCUUAGUUAUCAAAUCCCAUUUAGAUUUGUUUUAAAUGCGUUUAAAUUUAGAGGAAAACCAAAAAAUGUCUCCACCUUAAAACUGUUCUCAAUCCCUUGUUUUUCAUCAUUUUGCAUCAAAGCGUUGAAAGCUGCUGCCUUGUUUUGUAUACUAAGGCCUUACAUUUGUUGAGUCUGCAUCUCAAAAACCCAUCUGUUUGGAGUGGAAUAAAUCUGAAAAAUACUACGCACGAUCUUGAGUCGUUUCCCUCUACUGAUGAGACAAGCAAUAUUUUUUAUGUUUCACGGUAAUUGCCUGGGAAGAGUGUUCAAUCUGUCAGAUUUUAAGUAUUUUUGCUCCGUAAAAAUCAAGAUGUACGUGAAUCACCAAAUGCACGGAGGUUGUGAUAAUUUUUGUUUAAAGUCUGUGCAUACUCCCUUCUGUUAAAGCUUUCUUGUUUUCGUUUUUGGUCUCGCAUUUCCCACUCAACUCUUUAAAAACUUUGUUUGAAAAGUUCUUUGGUGCAAUAUGGAUUGCGUCCAUUGAAGAUAGCUACUCCGUCUCAGAUAUUUUUUUGUUUUUUGUUUUUCUGUCAUAAAGUUUUGAUGUUUUGUGACAAAGAUAUCCGGAAGUAGGAAUGAUGUUCCUUAAUGAGUCAUUUGUAUCAAUGUUUAUAAUAUUUGUACCAUGUACUAUGCUACUAAUGUAUGCUUUAAUUCUCCCAUUCCUUGUCAUCAUCAGUUUUUUUUUGGCAUCAUAAAUAUGGUCUCAUGAAGACUAAAGGACUUUCAACUGCUUGCUUUUACGUUUUUUAAAAUGAGCUGUGUACCUAUUCAGUGCAUUUUAAGAAAUGUGAUGUAGCAAAAGAUGGAGGAAGGUAUCUAUUGUUGUGACUCUUCUGACAGUCAGUGGAAAUUAAUUUAAUCAAUUACUUAAGCCUAAAUGAUGUUGCAUAUAGAGCAACUUUUGUCGGAGAGUGUGCGAGAAAAGUCUGCAGGCAGGCUACCUGCUAUAAUGCGCUUUCAUCUCCAGCCUCACUGUUCUACCCAAUCCUGCCAACGCACAUGCACUGACAAACAUGAUAACAAGAUGGGUAACUUUGCGGAAGUCUCUCCAAAAUUUCAUGAGACUUGAGGUAGAUUUAUAGAAUCUGCACUCUCUGACACUUUAAUAUAUAACCACCUACUUAUAUAUAUGAUGAAACCACUGAACUAAGAGGGGUUUUAAUUUUCUCCUCGUAGAAAAAAUAACGGCUAAUUGCAUUUCUAGAAGGAUAAUCCUAUGCUUUGGUUUUUUUAUUGAUUUAUGUUUUGAAUUCUUUAUGUUGAAGUUUUUGAAUGCAUUGAAGUCUAUUCACAACAUGAUGCGGUGAAGUGUUUGCUGUGAUAUUUGAGCUAGUCAUGUGAUCUGUUUCUUCGUGCAGAUUUUAAUUAGUGAUCAAACAAGUAUUAUUUCUCAAACUGAAGAGAACAAGUCAUCGCUUAUUCUUUGUGCCUCUUGGAUCUCUUUUUCUUCAUCAUAGAAACUUAGUAGGAGAUUCCUACGAGCUUUACUCUUCUUACCUCCUCUCCUUUUUUCAUCAAAAAAAUGUAAUGGCAGUUCCUGAAGUUGUUGACCUCAGAAAAUGUUGCCGAUUUACUUAAAUAAUCUAGUUACUACCUUGUAUGUAGAAGUAGGGGAAAAAAAUCCAGACUCGGAAAAAUAUCUUACCUCUGGACAAUUUUCCUCCAUUAUUAUACAUGUAUUAUUUUUUUUUAUAUAAUUAUUUUUCUUUUUAAUAUAAAAAAUAUUAUUAAGGGAAUGUAUAAGUACCAUUCUAGUCAAAUUGAAACCAUAGAUUUAAUUACCCAUCCUUAUUUAAGAUUUUACUUUUUCUGAUUGAUAAAAAAUAUCUCUGAAGUGAAAGAUCACUGGUACACCUGUUUAACGGUUAAACCUCUAACUUUACCCUUUUGGCUCGGUGCUUACCAAAGAAACUAAAAUUUACUAAGUUUGUAAGCAUAAUGCAUAGUGCAGGCGAGUGAUGGUUUAUGAUGUACUAAACCGCAAGUGCUGCGCUAUAAACUUUCGAUGUUAAAUGAAACUGUACCAAUUUUCAAGUGUGUCUUCCUUUUGUUGAAUUUUUAUUUCUUUCCAAGGCUUUUCAUGAUUUUAGCAAUUAGCAGCUCUUAAUUCUUCUCUUACCUCCAAAACAGUAGUAAAAGUUUAUUUUUAAAAACUAGAUCUUCCAAAUCAAUCCUCACUGCUGAGUUAAGAUGUUCUUGGUUAUUUUUUCAUUUUAGAGCAUAUUAACUCAAUUAUAGCAUGAAUUUAUUUUAUUGUUACGAAUUUUGAGUUGCCAGAUUUUUAUUGUUUCAUUUUUAAGGAAGCAUUCAAUAAGCAAGUAACUUUCACAACAAAGUUUUCAUGAGAAACAAUGGCUAUUUUUGGUCCUCCUUAAUUAUGAGCUGUUAAUAAGAUAUGUACCGCUAAACUUCGGGUUUUUUGAACCUCCUCUCAUAAAGCUAUUGUGACGAAGGUCCCUGUCUGUUAGCAUGUACAAACAAAAUAGUGUAAUGCUUUCCUCAACCCCCCUACCCUUAGAGUGUUGCCUAUAUUAUGAAGAUCGAUCUGAGGAGGACCAUGAAACAAGUGAUAUGGGAAUGGUUGUGAAAAAUUAUAGAAUGAUUUUGACUCGGUCAAUUGGUUGUCAGGUUGCUCUUUUUUGUAAGUUCUGGAAAAAGAGAGGUCAAGAAAGGUAAUUGUUUUUUUUAAAAUUACCUCAGUGCCCAACAAUUGUGUUAUGUUUAACUGCGGACUAUAGAGAAUUUUGUGCACACCUGCAGGUUCCAUGCCACGAAACAUUCAUCUGCCCGUUUUUUUCAUAACUGGAAGCACAGUUAGAUUUAAAAAGAAAUUAUGUAUCCUAUUCUUAGCACAUUCAUCUUUAUUAUAUUGUAAACUGUUGCAAUGGAAAUAUUUUUAUUUUUUUAGCUUUUUCGCUAUGUAGUUUUUGUCCAAUUCGCAUCAUUGAGUAUACCGAACGCCGUCAAAAUAUUUUUUAAAUUUAUCUUAAAGUAGAUAUUAGCAAAUCAAUUCUUUUAUCCACUUGUAGAGUGUAUAUUAGUUACGCUCCUGAAUAGUCAGUGAUAAAAAUAGUGCUAAGAAUAAACUAUCAAGAAAAAUUUCAAUUUUGAAAAUUGUAGUGCGAUUUCUACAAAUUGAUGAGUUUUAGAAAAUAAUUGAAGUAGAGGUAGCCCCAGGAGGGCUUUUAGUCCUCAUAAGUUAGGAUCUUAAAUUAUUAUAAAGUGAUAUACGAUUGCUCCUAUGGUAAUCAAUGUAUGUAACAGUAUUUCCAUACCAACGCACAACUUUCUUCGCACACUCCCUGUUAUGUUUUCACAUUAGAAUAUCUUACUCAUGUAUCUCUUAAGUCAUGAAAAAUUUCAUCAAACAGCACAUACAUUUACCGCGUAUGUCUUGAUAAUCUCCUUUGUCUCAAAAGUCAGUAUUAAUGUUCAUAUGUGAAAUAGUUAGGCUGAGAUUCGCAUUGGUGAGCCGCCAAUUUUGUGCGGAGCAGCAUCUGCUGAUCUCCGUCUGCAUCAAAGGAAUUUGAGUGUGAAUAGUGCAACUGUUCACUUGUCGAGACUCCAGCCUUGAAUCUCAAUCCCACUUUUUUUCAUCUCUUCUCUUUUAAUGUGAUAGACACUUUCUUUGACUGGAAACUAGUUGAUGUCAUUCAGUAAAUUUCGAAAGUUCUUUACCCUAUUGGUAGGACUUUUUGAAAUAGGAAUUCUUUUUAAUUAAUAUUAUAAUCACUGUGUUCCCAUUUUAUUAAAUAUCAUUGCCCACAGCACCUAUUACUUUUUCGAAAUAUUUAAGGAUUUAUCUUUUUUUAUAUUGAAUGAACUUGAUAUCAAACUGUAAUUCAUUCAAAACAAACACUUUAAAAAUGUCACUGUUGAAAGUCUAAGGUAUUGAAUUAUUUAGAAGCUCAUGAAAAAAGCGAAAAGGUAAAUCAAAAACAAAUUUAAAAGAGAAUAAAAAAUUUACUCUUUAAAAUGAUAUUCAUUUUACCAACAAAGCCUCAAAAUCUGUACACAAAGGAUAAUUAAACCACCAUGUUGAAUGCAAACAUUUGAAUAAGUUCUUAAAUUUUGAGUAUCUGAUAAUAAAAAUUUCCAGACUCCAAAAUAGUUCAGAUUUGUUUGUCAAGGAAUCUUUACCUAUGAUUAAUCUUAUAUUUUUUAGUCUGGCUAAUAGCUUCCAGUAAGCCAGCUAUGUAGUUUUGAGUCAUGAUAUUUUAAAACAAAGAUGGAAGUUAAAUUUUGGUUUUAGAGCGAAUUAAUCGUUCCUCUUCAGUAAGCAUUACUUAAGACACUAUCUAAUUACUAUCUGGACGUAUUUGUGCUAAAAGGAACUAUGUUACACGCAAAUUCUAUGCAUGUAGUCCCUUUUAGCAUAAAUACGUUCAUCUGCGAGUCUCCUCUUGCUAAAGUAUCGCGUAAUGUUUUUCUUUGGACAGGAAAAUUUGAGUGCAUACUGUAACUUGUAAGAAGGAUAUGCAAUGUCUCGAAACGGUUUCAUUUGUCUGUUGUUGUAUUUAAAUAAUAAACAAUGAUUUUUUAUCUA